AUGGUUGUUAUACAAUUGGCAGCUGGGGUGCCAAUUGUUGUAGCUAUAAACAAGAUAGAUAAGGAUGGAGCUAAUCCAGACCGAGUUGUGCAAGAUUUUUCUUCCGUCGGCCUGAUGCCUGAAGAAUGGGGUGGUGAUAUACCAAUGCUUAAGAUUAGUGCUCAAAAAGGGGAGAAUGUCGAUGACAUGCUUGAAACGAUCAUGCUUGUUGCUGAGUUGCAAGUAUUGAAGGCAAAUCCACAUAGAAAUGCUAAAGGAACAGCCAUUGAAGCUGGUCUUGAUAAAUCCAAAGGGCCUGUAGCUACUGUCAUUGUGCAAAAUGGAACACUCAGAAAAGGGGACACAGUAGUUUGUGGUGAAGCAUUCGGAAAGGUGCGGGCUCUAUUUGAUGAUAUAGGAAAGCAAGUUGAUGAAGCAGGACCCUCUAUUCCUGUACAGGUAAUAGGGUUGAAUAAAGUUCCUUCAGCUGGUGAUGAGUUUGAGGUUGUUGGUUCCCUUGCCGUUGCUCGAGAAAAGGCAGAGUCACGAGCAGAGUUUUUAAGAAAUGAACGUAUAACAGAAAAAGCAGGGGAUGGAAAAGUUACACUUUCUUCUUUUGCUUCUGCUGUUUCAGCAGGAAAAAGUGCUGGAUUAGAUUUGCACCAACUCAAUAUCGUCCAGAAGGUUGACUUUCAGGGAUCCAUAGAGGCUGUCAGACAAGCCCUGCAGGUGCUUCCUCAAGACAACAUUACUCUCAAGUUCCUACUGCAAGCAACCGGGGAUGUGAGUACGAGUGAUGUUGACCUUGCUGUGGCUAGCAAAGCUAUUAUUUUUGGAUUCAAUGUCAAAGCACCUGGCUCAGUGAAGAAGUAUGCGGAUAACAAAAACGUUGAAGUUCGGCUUUACAAAGUUAUCUAUGAACUCAUUGAUGAUGUGCGGAAAGCGAUGGAGGGACUCUUGGACUCAUUUAACGAACAACUGCCAAUAGGUUCUGCAGAAGUAAGAGCUGUUAGUAGUGGCAGCGGCCGUGUUGCUGGAUGCAUGGUGACAGAGGGAAAAGUCGUUAAAGACUGUGGAAUACGUGUCCUGAGGAAAGGAAAAGAAGUUCACAUUGGCGUUGUUGGUUCCUUGAAACGGGUCAAGGAGAUGGUGAAAGAGGUGAAUGCGGGGCUCGAAUGUGGAGUUGGAACUGAGGAUUUCAAGGAUUGGGAGGUUGGGGCCUUCAAUACAGUGCAAAAGAGAAGAACACUCGAAGAGGCUUCCGCCUCAAUGUCAGCUGCAUUAGAAGAUGUCAGAAUACAGCUUUAG